AUGAUGACGUCGUCCUCCGAACCGGCCGCACCCUCAGUCACAACAUCCGAUCCCCCUUCGUCAACGGCCGCCCCUCAGCUCACUCGAUCGGACCUGGGCAGCCCGACGGUAGACUUGCCGCCUCGGCAGGGGCUCCGCGAUGUAUUGUAUCACCUCCGAGAUCACCUCGCGCAGGACCGAGCAUUUGGCUCGCUUCACAGGCUAGCCAGGUGUAGUCGGGAGUAUCAGAAUAUCUUUGGGUCGGGACUUGAGAACCGUCGGAUCACCCUGCGUGGUGAAAGAGCUCGCGAUAGCUUUGCUGAUAUUCUGGGAGCUCGAGCUCCUUCGCCAUUGCCAAGGCAGCUUCGGUCCCAAUCCGACCCGCCCGCUCCUCUUCAGCUCAGAGAUGAGCAUCGAGCCAAGAAACCUCGUUUGGAGACCGAGGCAUAUGAUCCACUCCGCCGUCGACUCCCAGCCGAGUCUCUCGAGCCCUGGGAAGUCGGGCGAAGCGCCAAACUUCAAAGCUUGUGGGUCCAUCGUCGCCGUCUCCGCCUUAUAUCGCAAUGCGAGGCACUCAACAUCCUCGACUUUCACGGCGCGGAAGCAAUGAUUGAGGCCGCAAUAGCAACUGGCGAAGGAGAAACGGUGUUCAAGAAUAUCCCCUCGCUCUGCCUCGGUCCCGACCUGCUAUGGCGCCUGGCAGAACAAUCCGACUCUACCAGGGAUAUGGAGACCCACCUCCUCGAGCACCUCCGGCCGAAACACGUCUGCUUCUCCCCCAAGAUCGGAAACAAGCACGAAACAAUGGACCGACUUGAACGUAUCGGAUACAUGCCGUCGGCUACCAAUAGAGAAGACGCAUGGACGAUGCAUUACCUCGAAGGCGUCCCUCGGAUAAUCCAGCACCUCUGCGAAACGUGGGCACCGGAGACGAUCACCAUACACAACCUUACUGCCGAAAACAUACCCGCUGUCCAGUCGUCCCAAACCACCGUCUUCUUUGGUCCGGACCCGCCGCCAGUCAAGGCGAUGUGCGAGACCAAGUUUUGGCGUGCCGAUGUCCGAGCGUCGGAGAUCGCGAAUGGGAUUGUCAUGCAGGACGGGGAUGAGAGGGCGGUGUUUGUCGGUGUCGAGGAGUUCUUCGGGAGGGAAGGAGUGAGAGAGAGCGAAAUCAGAGUGGCGAGCGUGGAGGAGAGGGUGUGGAAAGAAGUGAGGCAGCCAUAUGUGAGGAAGGUGGCCGGGGAGCUGGUCAGGUUCUUGACGAGGGAGGAGGCGGACAAGUGUCGAUGUUGUGGCAAGAAGUAG